UGCAGUCUUUCCAAAUCGAACCGCAAGGAUUAACCGGGCAUGGGCCCAGAAGCGGUUUAAACCUCGGAGCCUUGUUUGCCACUGGUCUCUGGCCCCAGCCCCAGCUCCAGCCCAGUGCUCUCUGAAAUAUGAGGUCCGGGCUCGCUAAUCUUCCAUCUUCUCUCAAAAUAGGUUCCCAUUUAACCUCUCUUACCCCUUCGCAUUUUGCUUUACAUCCUCCCCUCCCUGGAACAAACCCUAAAUUUUCACAAUUUUCCGUUUCCCAUAAGUCCAGGCACCUCAAUCUUUUACCGAGAGAGAAACACAAAGAAGCGAAACCUAAGUUCUUCCCCUUUUGUCUUUCACGUGGAGAGAGGCACUUAAAUUUGUUGGAGAGAAGAAAGUUUAGACUCAAUUUCGGAGAAAACCCUAGAUUUUACUCUUUUUGUUACUCUUUUGAGGAGAGUCGAUUGAAAUUCUCAAAGAGGGAGAAAAGCAGAGCGAUAUCGGUGAUGGCCACUGCGUAUAAGCCGGAGGAAGCUAGGCGCCCUCCAGCCCUUCCGUUUCUUCCUGCUGCAGUAUCAAAGUUCAAAAUUGCUCUCUGCCAACUAUCAGUCACUGCAGACAAGGUAAGGAACAUCGCUCAUGCCCGUAAAGCAAUUGAAGAAGCAGCAGGAAAGGGUGCAAAACUUGUUGUCUUGCCUGAAAUUUGGAAUAGUCCAUAUUCAAAUGAAAGCUUUCCAGUCUAUGCCGAAGAUAUUGAUGCUGGGGGAGAUGCAUCUCCGUCAACCCUAAUGUUGUCGGAGGCUGCUUAUCGUCUUGGGAUCACAAUUGUUGGCGGGUCCAUACCAGAGCGUUGCGGUGAUCAACUGUACAAUACCUCUUGUGUAUUUGGCGCUGAUGGAAAGCUAAAGGCUAAACACAGAAAAAUACAUCUUUUUGACAUUGAUAUUCCGGGAAAGAUAACAUUCCAGGAGUCCAAGACUCUUGCAGCAGGAACAACUCCUACCAUUGUAGAUACAGAUGUAGGACGCAUUGGUAUAGGAAUUUGUUAUGACAUUCGCUUCCAGGAGCUGGCAAUGAUAUAUGCAGCAAGGGGUGCUCAUCUGUUGUGCUAUCCUGGGGCUUUUAACAUGACCACUGGUCCCCUGCACUGGGAACUGCUACAAAGAGCUAGGGCUGUUGAUAAUCAGAUAUAUGUUGCAACUUGCUCUCCUGCUCGAGAUGCUGGAGCUGGCUACACUGCUUGGGGCCAUUCCACUCUUGUCUCACCAUAUGGGGAAUUGAUUGCUACAACUGAACAUGAGGAGGCAAUUGUUGUAGGGGAGAUCGACUACUCACUGAUAGAUCAAAUAAGAAUGGGCCUCCCCCUCCAGAAGCAACGGAGAGGCGAUCUUUAUCAGUUGGUGGAUGUAGAGAGAUUGAGUUCCGAAGAAAAGGGCCAUUAAACUCUUGUACUGCCCCUUGUUGGUCCUGAGGGACAGAGGCGGCUAGGUUAGCCGAAAGGUGAGUGGAAGUCUCAGUUGGUGGAUGUAGCGAGAUUGACUUUUGAAGAAAAGGGCCAUUAAACUCUUGUACUGCCCCUUGUUGGUCCUGAGGGACAGAGGAGGCUAGGUUAGCCGAAAGGUGAGUGGAAGUCUGCCUAUAUCUUACAAAGACCUGUGAACUACGAAGUUCACUUGAUGUUACUUAUAUUUCCUGAACCUUUUAGACCUAUUCUUUGUUGAGAGAAUUAUUGUUGAGACUUUUUAAAUUAGAUGUACAGCUUAAUGCAGAAUUUCUGGAUUAUCAAUAUUUUUCUUCAA